GGCCGAUGUGUAGGCAGCAUGCAAGAUUUGCGUCCGACGUGCGAUGUCAAGCCGUCAAAGUCCACCUAAGGCGAGGCGACCAAUCGGAGCGUAGCUCGCGCUUUUAGGAUAUGUAGAAGUUCAAAUUUAUCCGCGAACUCCCGCCUAUUCAGUGCUACUUCAGGCAGGCGCAAGCGUUUCAAUGGCUUUCCCCCGCACGGUCGUCUCCCUUCCGUCUGAUGAUCUGUUCAAUGGGCAGCCUUCCCUCCAGCAAGCUUACGAGCGCCUCCGAACCUACGAGACCACGCAUUCCACAAAGCCGCUUCCUGCUCGCUGGCUUGGCCAUCUUUUGCGAGAAGUGCCCGUGAAAGAUGCGCUUGCUAGAGAGAUAACAUCCUGUAAAGACGACACCGCUAUCCAAGACUUAUCGGAUAUAUAUAGAGAUCUUCUCCUAAGGUUAUUUAAACCCCAGGAAGGGCCAACGCCUGAUCCAUCGGACCCCUCAAGUCGCCCCUCCGAUGUAAUAGUGACGAACGCAAUUCUGCAUGAUCGCGUCCCUCAAGACCAUGGCGCGGCAAAGUGUCUGGCACUUAAGCGUGAUGGCGGGCGCUCGAUCAGUGGGCAGUACGACAUUAGCAUCGAAGAUAUACCAAAGGGAUCCACGUGCACGUGGACCAAUGCCGCGCACAUCAUCCCAUUUGUCGUCAAUUCUAAUCGGGAUCAAGAAAAGAAUACAGGAAAGGGAAAGGAAACCGACCCCAACCUCAAUUGGUCUGCUGGAGUACUGGCAGUAUUAAGUCGCAUUGGAGGCAUUGUCCCCGAGGAGAUUCGUGGAGAGAAAAUCAACCGUCUAUCAAACAUCAUCACGAUGAACGCUGAACACCACAUUGCAUUCGAUCGCCUGGCCUGGUGGCUGGAGCCAGCAAAUAGUGGUGAACCCAACCAUUAUGUUGUCCGCCGUAUCCGCCCCAAUCUUAGUCUCCUUCCGGUCGAGAUUCGCUUUACUUCCACUGACCCUUGGCUGGAGCUUCCCGAUCCUAAAUUCAUCGCUAUCCAUGCGGCUUGUUGCCGUGCAGCCCAUCUUUCCGCGGCGGUGGAGGCUAUUGACAAAAUCUACGAUGCAUUUAAUGAGACUCGUGUUCUGGCAGAUAACGGCUCUUCUGCAGAGCUGCUAGAGUUUUCAUUGUCAAAGCUUGUUGUAUCCGCGAGCUGAAUGUGCUCCUGCUAAUCGCCAGAAAUUGAACUGUGCAUCCAUCGAGCGUUGCGGGAGGUAAGGGAACUGCUCUAGAAAAGUCGUGACGGGCGCACGAACCUAU